AUGAUUAAAAACAGCAAAAUUUUCAGGUUUAUUGACAUACAAUAUGUGUUUUUCUUUGAAGUCAGCAUUGGGAUCAUAGCCAACACAAUACUGCUUCUCUUUUACAUCCUCACAUUUCUUCUGCAGCACAGACUCAAGCCCACUGACCUGACCAUUGGCCACUUAGCUUUUGUUCACAUUGUGAUGCUGGUAACUUUGGGCUUCAUAGCCAUAGACAUUUUUGGAUAUCAGGGUUUAGGGGAUGACAUCGCAUGUAAAUCUGUUAUAUAUUUGUACAGGGUGAUGAGGGGCCUCUCCAUCUGUACCACCUGCCUGCUGAGUGUCCUCCAGGCCAUCACCCUCAGCCCCAGAAGCUGCUGUUUGGCAAAGUUCAAACAGAAAUCCCUGCAUCAGAACCUGUGCUGCUUUCUGUGCUUAUGGGUCUUCAACAUGCUUAUAAGAGGUCGAUACUUAAUCUCCACUACUGCCACCCCUAACAUGACUUCCCAUAACCUUAUGUUUGUCACUCAUUCUUGCUCCCUUUGGCCCAUUAGUUACGUCCUUAAGUAUAUAACUUCCUCCUUGAUGAUUUUCCAGGAUAUUUCUGUUGUAGGACUAAUGGGGCUCUCAAGUGUGUACAUGGUGAUUCUUUUGUACAGGCACAGAAGACAGUCCCAGCAUCUUCACAGAACCAGCUUAGCUCCAAAAGCAUCCCCAGAGCAAAGGGCCACUCACACUAUUUUGUUGCUCAUGAGUGUCUUUGUUGUCAUUUAUGCUUUGGACUGUGUUAUUUCCUCCACAUCCGGAGUGUUCUGGAAACCUAACCAGAUUCAUCACUGUGUCCAGAUGCUGAUUGGCAAUGGCUAUGCCACAAUCAGUCCUUUGGUACUCAUCAGUACUGAAAAACGAAUGAUCAAAUGUUUAACAUCCAUGUAUUGGAAAAAUGGUGAAUGCUUGUUUAUUGGUGAUGACAGUUUCUCUGACAGUGGGAAAUUAUUUUAA